CUCUACGUGACUUCAAUGUGAAGAGAAACAAGUCCGCUAUCAGCUCCGUCACUCUCAGCCUUCAGCACUUCUUCUACAUUUAGUUUUUAGCCUUUUAUCAGUGCAGAGAAAACACAAGUGUCCCGGCUUUCACACUGCACAGAGGAGCCGCGGCCUGGCUUGAGUCUCCACGGUUCUCAUGGUGUGUUCAAGUACAGCCCGCUGCUCCGAGCUCUGCAACAGUCCCUCAGACUCUCUGGUCACUCCGUGAGGAACAAAGCUUAGAGGAAGUCAUGGCAGAUAAAGAAGUCGCUCCCGCCGCCCCGGCCCCGGCCAAAGCACCGAAGAAGAAGGUUUCCAAACCCAAACCGGCUGGUCCCAGCGCCAAAGACCUCAUCAUUGCUGCUGUGUCCGCAUCCAAGGAGCGGGGCGGCACGUCUCUGGCCGCCAUCAAGAAGGCUCUGGCUGCCGGCGGAUACGAUGUGGACAAGAACAAGGUCCGCGUCAAGACCGCCAUCAAAGGCCUGGUCGCUAACGGGACUCUGACCCAGACUAAAGGGACCGGGGCCUCCGGAUCCUUCAAGCUCGCCAAGAAGGCCGCCGAGCCCAAGGCCAAGAAGUCCGCAGCUAAGAAACCUGCAGCUAAACCUAAGAAGCCCGCAGCCAAGAAACCUGCAGCGGCCAAGAAGUCCAAGACAUCGGCAGCAAAGAAGCCAGCAGCCGCAAAGAAGUCUCCCAAGAAGGCCAAGAAACCCGCAGCGGCCAAGAAAGCCACCAAGAGCCCCAAGAAGGCCGCCAAGCCCGCCAAGAAGGCUCCACCCAAAAAGGCUGCUGCAGCCAAGAAAGCCCCCGCAAAGAAAGCUGCUGCCAAGCCCAAAGCCAAGAAAGCAGCACCCAAGAAGAAGUGA